CCCCCCUCCCGCCGCAGCCUCGGCAGCAGCUGGUCUCGGUGUAAACAAGUCGAGGCGGCUGCGAACCGGGCCGGGGGGGGACGGCGCCCAUCAGGAGCGCCCCCCACUCCCAGGCCAGGCCACCCCGCGGAUCGGGCCCUCCACGCGCCCAGGCGAGGCACUGGGCUCCCUCUGCUCCCCGUGGGCCGCUCCCCGCGUGGGGCCACUGCCCUUGGCCCCCGCCAUGGUGCGGAUUUCAAAGCCCAAGACGUUUCAGGCCUACUUGGAUGAUUGUCACCGGAGGUAUAGCUGUGCCCACUGCCGUGCUCACCUGGCCAACCACGACGACCUCAUCUCCAAGUCCUUCCAGGGCAGUCAGGGCCGUGCCUACCUCUUCAACUCUGUGGUGAAUGUGGGCUGCGGGCCAGCAGAGGAGCGGGUGCUGCUGACAGGUCUUCAUGCUGUCGCUGACAUCCACUGCGAGAACUGCAAGACCACCUUGGGCUGGAAAUAUGAGCAAGCCUUUGAGAGCAGCCAGAAAUACAAAGAGGGGAAGUACAUCAUUGAACUCAACCACAUGAUCAAAGACAACGGCUGGGACUGAUCUAUCUCCUGACGCAUGUGGCUUCAUCCUGGCCUGGCCGCCAGGGGGAGCCACUGGUUUCGCUCCUCCUGAAGGGAGCUCUGGACCCUCGGCCCCCACAGGGAAGGAUCCAGCUCCUGUACAUAUAUUUUAUUGCAUGCACUGUGACCUUGGGGGGAGGCUAGGAGGGGGAUUGCACCCCCAGCACCUCCCUGCGAUCUGGCUGGCUUGGAUCUCAUUUUUAACCCCUUCCUGUCCUGCCUGUCCCAUAGAUAAUGGCCUGUGUGCUGCUCUCAUGGCCCUGGUGCACUAUCUUCCUGUAAAUUCCUUCCACUGGAUCCCUCCUACCUGCAGCGUGUGUUUCUCGUUCUGUAGCGUUUGUAAAUAAUAAAACAAUGGAAUGGAGACA